AUGGCUACUUGGUCCAAUAAGCUGAUGGUAUAUACAGAGAUACAGUGGAGCUUUACCUUGCCUCCUAUUGAUUUCAGAAUCCAGGUGGACAUGGAGAACGCUCCGGUGAACAGCAAUGUUUACGCACCAUUCUUCAGCUUGACGAUCUGGCUUGUAUCGACACUGGUAGCUCUCUUGUUCAUCCGGAAAGUGAGAGCUGGAUAUCUCGAAUUCCUUUCAUUAGGACCUGGAGGGACACCUUCUACCCCCGCGGGAUACUUCCGGAUAUGCCUAUUGAGCAUCUUCACACUCCGGAACCCAUUAAAACAACCACAUAUACCGGAGACACUGAAGCCUCAGACUGGAAUCCUGAAAUACCUCCCUAUUCGCGCUGGACGACGGCCAAAGAUUGCUGGAAUCAUUCCCCACAGACAAGUCACCCAACAAGCCACGCCCAGCAUGUACGCUUCUCUGAUAGAAGAAAUCAAGAAGCUUGCUGUCUCCAACUCUGACCGGCUGUACGAGGGGACUUCCUGUUUCGAGAAGCACAGUAUCGGCCUCUUCACCUCUCUUGAUUUGCCAAAUCGGGUUACAUGUAACGGGGAAAUAUGCCAUGCCCACCCAAUUGACGGGAGCAUUCAUAUGACUCUCCAUCCUGCAGAUGUCAAGUUUGUCAUUGAACGAGGAUGGGGUGAGCGGCACCCGCUUGCUCGAGAUAGUUGGUGGUGGAUGUUUAGGCUCGUGCCUACGGGCUUUGUCAUGAUAUAUGCCCCUCGCUCGAAGGAGGAGUUGAAAAGUGUAGUUCAGAUCAUUCACGCUGCUUCCUGGUGGGUUAAUGGUAUUGAACCACGCUGGUCUACACCUGCGAACAGCAGUCGAUGUGGAGUCGAUGGGGGAGCUGGAUUUAUCAAGUCACAGGUCAGGACCUAA